GCUGGCUUCCUUUGGCACCCGGCAUUGGUGACCCUAGCUGAGCAGCCACCGCCUCCGAGCCCAGUCUCCCUCCUCUCGCCCGUGGGUCACCGCGCCUCCGGGCUUUGCUUCCCCAAGCGCCGCGGCGCCCACCGCCUUUCAGGUUCAUCCUGGGCUGGACCUGUUUUGCUCAUCCCUAAACCCGGAGAAGUGGAAUCUGCACACUGAAACUCUCGGUGGCUGGAGCGGCGGACUGGGCAUGCUCAGAAGCCAGGCUUGGCUCUGGUCUCAAGUCGAGGGAAGCUUUUGCACUCGCGAGGCAGCGGCGACUUUAGGGAAAGUUGAUCCGAGAAGGGAGGAAGCCCCAAGACGCGGAGCAGCGGCAGGAAGGAGCCCCCGGCAGCCCGGAGGAGCAUGGGCACCCUGCGGGAUUUACAGUAUGCGCUCCAGGAGAAGAUCGAGGAGCUGAGGCAGCGGGAUGCUCUCAUCGAUGAGCUGGAGCUGGAGUUGGAUCAGAAGGACGAACUGAUCCAGAAGCUGCAAAACGAACUGGACAAGUACCGCUCGGUAAUCCGGCCGGCCACCCAGCAGGCGCAGAAGCAGAGCGCCAGCACCUUGCAGGGUGAACCGCGCACCAAGCGCCAGGCGAUCUCCGCGGAGCCCACCGCCUUCGACAUCCAGGAUCUCAGCCACGUGACCCUGCCCUUCUACCCCAAGAGCCCACAGUCGAAGGAUCUCAUAAAGGAGGCCAUCCUUGACAAUGACUUCAUGAAGAACUUGGAGCUUUCACAGAUCCAGGAGAUUGUGGAUUGUAUGUACCCAGUGGAAUAUGGCAAGGACAGCUGCAUCAUCAAGGAAGGCGAUGUGGGGUCCCUGGUAUAUGUCAUGGAAGAUGGGAAGGUGGAAGUCACAAAAGAAGGCGUGAAGCUCUGCACCAUGGGUCCUGGAAAAGUGUUCGGGGAGCUGGCUAUUCUUUACAACUGUACCCGGACAGCGACCGUCAAGACUCUUGUAAAUGUGAAACUCUGGGCCAUUGAUCGACAAUGUUUUCAAACAAUAAUGAUGAGGACAGGACUCAUCAAGCACACGGAGUACAUGGAGUUUUUAAAAAGUGUCCCAACAUUCCAAAGCCUUCCUGACGAAAUCCUCAGCAAGCUGGCUGAUGUCCUCGAAGAGACCCACUAUGAAAAUGGAGAAUAUAUCAUCAGGCAGGGUGCAAGAGGAGACACCUUCUUCAUCAUCAGCAAAGGGAAGGUGAAUGUUACUCGAGAAGACUCACCAAGUGAAGACCCAGUCUUUCUUAGAACUUUAGGGAAGGGAGAUUGGUUUGGAGAGAAAGCCUUGCAGGGGGAAGAUGUGAGAACUGCAAACGUCAUUGCUGCAGAGGCUGUCACCUGCCUUGUGAUUGACAGAGACUCUUUCAAGCAUUUGAUUGGAGGACUGGACGAUGUUUCUAACAAAGCAUAUGAGGAUGCAGAAGCAAAGGCAAAAUAUGAAGCCGAAGCUGCCUUCUUCGCCAACCUGAAGCUGUCUGACUUCAACAUCAUUGACACCCUUGGAGUUGGAGGUUUCGGACGAGUAGAGCUGGUCCAGUUGAAAAGUGAAGAAUCCAAAACAUUUGCAAUGAAGAUCCUCAAGAAACGCCACAUUGUGGACACAAGACAGCAGGAACACAUCCGCUCAGAGAAGCAGAUCAUGCAGGGGGCUCAUUCUGACUUCAUUGUGAGGCUGUACAGGACAUUUAAAGACAGCAAAUACUUGUAUAUGCUGAUGGAAGCAUGCCUGGGCGGAGAGCUCUGGACUAUUCUCAGGGACAGGGGUUCAUUUGAAGAUUCGACAACCAGAUUUUACACAGCAUGUGUAGUAGAAGCGUUUGCCUAUCUGCAUUCCAAAGGAAUCAUUUACAGGGACCUCAAGCCAGAAAAUCUCAUCCUAGAUCAUCGAGGUUAUGCCAAACUGGUUGACUUUGGCUUUGCAAAGAAAAUAGGAUUUGGAAAGAAAACAUGGACUUUUUGUGGGACUCCAGAAUACGUAGCCCCAGAAAUCAUCCUGAACAAAGGCCAUGACAUUUCAGCUGACUACUGGUCACUAGGAAUUCUGAUGUAUGAGCUUCUGACUGGCAGCCCACCUUUCUCAGGCCCAGAUCCUAUGAAAACCUACAAUAUCAUACUGAGGGGGAUUGACAUGAUAGAAUUUCCAAAGAAGAUUGCAAAAAAUGCUGCUAAUUUAAUUAAAAAACUAUGCAGGGACAACCCAUCAGAGAGGUUAGGAAAUUUGAAAAAUGGAGUCAAAGACAUUCAAAAACACAAGUGGUUUGAGGGCUUUAAUUGGGAAGGCUUAAGAAAAGGGACCUUGACACCUCCCAUAAUUCCGAGUGUUGCGUCACCCACAGACACAAGCAAUUUUGACAGUUUCCCUGAGGACAGCGAUGAGCCGCCACCUGAUGACAACUCAGGCUGGGACAUAGACUUCUAAUGUAUUUCUCUUACCUGCUUCUGCCUUGCUGAAGACAGCUUCUUUUCUGAGACACAGCUGCCAGCAAACCUGAGGGAAGGAGAGAAGAUUAGUGCUCGGGGUCACCAUGAUGCCUUUGGUCGAUGCUGCUCCAGUGACUACAGUGGCAUUAGGACUUAUUGCUUAGAUCAUGAUAGUGCUCUUUACCUGUUUUAUGUUUGAACCUAAAAUAGCAGUUGACAUGGUGGUCCUGAAGCAAAGCCUUUCACCAGUAAAGUGAUGUUUUCUAUUGUUGCGAUAACCUUGCUUCGCUCUGACUAUAUUUUGAAAGAGUGUAGGAAACACUUCGAUCUAGUAGAAGAGUCUGUAUCUUGCUAGAGCUACCGAGAAGAAUAGAGAAUAAUAUAUUUGGUACGAUAGAUAACUGUGGUACGGAACCUGGGCUACAUUUCCUUUUAAUCAAGAGAAGGGUAUGGAGCCUGCGACUGCAAGCCGGUAUAUGUAUCGUACAAUGAGGACCACACAUCUGUGGGUCACAGAGUUCAUGUCAAACCAGUGCUAGACGUUUCUGAGUUUCUUUCCAAGAUGAUGACGAGACUGAAUGUUACCUUUUCUUUCUGAUCGAUUCUAAACAUUGGCCCUGAUUUAAAAAGCACAACUAUAUGGUUUCUGUACAAGCCUCCCAUGGCAGGUACAUAAUGUGUUUUUGGAGGAUGGAAAAUGUGCAAGAAAACUUGAGAAAUUGGCAUGACAAUAUGGAGUGGGGAAGGGAAUUCACAACACCAUUUCAUAACUUUAAAAAAAAAAAAAACCAAACUCACAUUGUGCUUAAAGAUGGUCCUGGAAAUGACUAGCAGCCAAUUGGUUUUAUUUAUUACCUAACAUCCUCAAACUGAGGCUUAAACUAUUCCCUUUUAUAAGGAUAAACCCCUGGGGGACGGGGUGGGGUAGGGUGGGGAGGAAUUAAGACCCAUCCAAAAAUAAAAAUGAAAAGGUGCUAUGUCUUUCUUUCAUCUGUAACGUCAGUGUCUGAAUGGACGACACAGAAUCUAAUCAUCAUGUCUAGCCAGAGAUUCAAGCAUUUUCACCAA